UCAAGAAAGCCUUUGUCAUGUCCUGCCACAAAGUUUAACAGUUGCUGCUCGGAGGGGGGUACCAAAUGAGAAUGUGGAAGGCAAUCUUCAUCUGUGUUUUUGGAACCACACUUUGGAAGGUGUCAUGCGCCGUGGAGCAAAUUCCUCUUCUAAUCUGGUCCUUAGAAAGUUCUGUCUGGCAACACCAAGCCUACACUUAUGAAGGCCACAUUACCACAGAAGAUGAGCUGAAAGAUGUUUUGCAGCCUCUUUUUAAACAGAAUAACAGGAAUAUUGUGCUGUUUCUCCAAGAUCAGCUAAUCCUUGAAGACUUUAUCAGCUAUGCCACACAUGAGGGAAAUGCAGGACCAUUUCAGAACUUACAGAAGGAGAUUGAGUCAUCUGCUUCACACCUGAUUUUACCAGCCGUAAACUGGAGGGCUGCAGCAAAACUGCCCCAGUACUUGCAAGAAGAAGCUGAAUGGCAAAUCUUUAAUGUGGAGCAAUUUCCUGUUAAGACCUUUGAAGCGAAUUUAACCAAACCCAGCUUGUUCAUCAUCAAGCUGCCAGCUACUGGGAGCAUUGCUCCUGUUUUAAAUGCAGACGCCCUAGCAAAAAAUGAUCAUAUAAUGAAAGAUUUCAUAUCACUUCUGCAAGCAAGCGGAAUUCAGUAUACUGCAAUGUUUACAGCAUCUCAGCCCUCUGUGAUGCUGAGGAGUUCAUUAAUGACUUAUCAUACUGGGCGUCAACUAAUGGCUGUAAGCAGUAGUGACUCUGUCUCCUUCCCACCAUUGAACAUCACCAAUGGAACAAAUACAUGCAUCAUCUUUUAUGCUACUAACUUAACCUUAACUGCUAAUAGAAGCAUUCAGAUUGAUCUAACAAAUUUCACUUUUGUUGCUAACAUGGUGAAUUAUAGUGCAUCUAUGUGUAAUGAAUCCAAUGCUGUGUUGUCUCUAAAUUAUGCGAAUCCCACUUCAGGAAUUAACAAUCUGGAACUCAGAUUUCUGAUGUCCAACAAUUUCUACAGUGGUUCAGCACGCAACUGGUUUACGGUUGAUUCCUUUCAGAUACUACAAGAUAGCUUAAACGCUGCAGUUUUUAAUGUUUCCAUGUCUGCACCAGCAGAAUACUCUUACUCUUGUCAGAUGGUGGGAACAAACAUAAAUUAUGGAUCACAGUUUGUUCCAGCUAAUGCACAGGCCAAUGCAUGGAUCAUAUCCUUUACAGAUUUUCAGAUUCAAGGAUUCAACAUAGAGGGAGGCCUAUUUUCCUAUGCAAGUGAUUGUUCCUCCUUCUUCUCUCCUUACAUUUGGAUGGCUGUGGUGACAUCCUUUGUGCUGCUAUGCAUUCUGGCCUAUGGAAUGCUGAUGAUAAUGCAGCUUACAACCAAUGAGAGAUUUGAUGAUCCCAAAGGGCCUGCGCUCUCCGUACCACAGAAUGAAUAGCAUUUGUUUUAUUUUUCAUGUUUUAAAUAUUUGUAUUUAUAGAUAUUCAGGCUUUGUUUUUGAAUAUUUUUGCUGUUGUGUGAGUACAGCAUUUACUUUGAAGCUUGUGUCCUAUUUAAUGAGUUUGGCAAAUUAUCAUCA